GGCGAUAUGGGAGGAGGAUUUCCUUCUAUGACGUGUACAAACGAGGAUGGCCGCAGUUGUGCCCCUAGGUCACGAAGCCUGCAGGCGGUGCCAGGACCAGAGGGCACGGCGGACCGGGGGGCGUGGGUGCCGGGCGCGCGGUGCAGGGCCGGGGCGGCCCGCUGGCACCUGGGGCGGCUGUGGGCCCGGGCACGCCAGGGGCCGUAGGGCUUCAACCAGGGCAGCACAGACUUCCCACACUUCACACCGACUCUCGCGGCCCGCGGCGCCCCCGGCGCGCAAGCAAUUUUUCCAGCUAGUCAAAUUACGGAAGCUUGGACUUAGUGAUAAUGAAAUUCAGCGGCUCCCUCCAGAAAUAGCAAACUUCAUGCAGCUGGUGGAACUUGAUGUGUCUCGAAAUGAUAUUCCUGAAAUUCCAGAAAGCAUCUCAUUCUGUAAAGCACUACAGAUAGCCGACUUCAGCGGAAACCCACUGACUAGGUUGCCAGAAAGUUUUCCUGAAUUACAGAAUUUAACGUGUCUUUCUGUAAAUGACAUCUCACUGCAAUCUUUGCCUGAAAAUAUUGGCAAUCUGUAUAACCUGGCUUCACUGGAACUGAGAGAGAAUCUUCUUACUUAUCUUCCUGACUCUCUUACUCAACUUCGGAGACUAGAAGAACUUGAUUUGGGAAACAAUGAAAUAUACAACUUGCCAGAAUCGAUUGGAGCUCUCUUACAUCUCAGGGAUCUCUGGUUGGAUGGAAAUCAGCUGUCAGAAUUACCUCAGGAAAUAGGAAAUCUGAAGAACCUGCUGUGCUUAGAUGUCUCUGAAAACAGGUUGGAAAGGCUUCCUGAAGAAAUCAGCGGCCUGACUUCAUUAACAGAUUUAGUCAUUUCCCAGAACUUACUAGAAGCAAUUCCGGAUGGCAUUGGAAAACUGAAGAAAUUGUCAAUCUUGAAGGUGGAUCAGAACAGACUUACGCAGUUGCCUGAAGCGGUUGGGGACUGUGAAAAUCUCACAGAGUUAGUUCUCACAGAAAACCGGCUCCUGACCUUACCUAAGAGCAUUGGAAAACUUAAGAAGUUGAGCAACUUGAACGCAGACAGAAAUAAAUUAGUAUCUUUACCAAAAGAGAUUGGCGGGUGCUGCAGCCUCACUGUGUUCUGUGUACGGGACAAUAGACUCACCCGGAUACCGGCAGAGGUGUCGCAGGCAACAGAACUCCACGUCCUGGAUGUGGCAGGGAACAGGCUGUUGCAUCUGCCUCUGUCCCUGACUUCCUUGAAGCUGAAGGCUCUGUGGUUAUCUGACAACCAGUCCCAACCUCUGCUCACCUUCCAGACAGACACAGACCACACCACAGGAGAGAAGAUCUUAACUUGCGUCUUACUUCCUCAGUUGCCUUCUGAACCUCCUUGCCAAGAGAACCUGCCUCGUUGUGGUGCGCUGGAGAGCCUGGUGAACGACGUCUCCGAUGAAGCCUGGAAUGAGCGCGCGGUAAACAGAGUCAGUGCAAUCCGAUUUUUGGAAGAUGAAAAAGAUGAAGAAGACAAUGAAACGAGGACACUUCUGAGGAGAGCCACUCCACACCCAGGAGAGUUAAAGAACAUGAAAAAGACAGUGGAGAAUUUACGGAACGAUAUGAAUGCUGCUAAAGGACUGGAUUCAAACAAAAACGAGGUCAAUCAUGCCAUUGACCGAGUGACCACUUCUGUGUAGAUAUCACCUCUGGGUUUUACCUCCGGUGUCUUCCCCUGCUGUUGAGAUGUUCCUGUCUGCUUCAGUGGAGCCUCACACAGUCCUGUGUCCUGCCUGGCACCGUGCGCCACGUCCUGUCCUCUCCAGUGUCGCGCGUGGGACGCUACUCCUAGGAAGUGCCUUACUCCCGUCCCUCAGCCAGUCGUACCAGUGGUCUACCAGUGUGAUUGUCUUUCUUUUUUUUUUUUUUUCCAUUUCAGUUGUUUGUAAUAAGUAGAAUACACUACUGUAAACAUCGGAUCUUUGUUUUUGUCUUGUGUUUGGGGUAAGGGAGAGCAGGAAGAGGAAUUUUAUCCUCCUCCAUUCUAUAAAGUGCUGGGGCAUUUUGAAUCUAAGUUCUCUUGGACCUACUGAUGAGAGAGAGUUUUAUGUCUGGGGAGAAAUUGAUACUUUUUAAAACUUUUUUGGCAGCUCAGAUGGUGUAAAUUUAAAAAUUUUGUAUAGAUAUUUCG